AGACGCGUGUGCGCAGUCAGUCCGCUCAGCGCAGAGCAGAGCGGAGCAGUGUCCGCUGCCUCUCCGUCUCUCCGUCUUCCUCACCCACAGCCCGGGUUCAUGUCGGCCAGGUCUCCGGUCGGCCUGCUGCUAAUAUUCGGCACCGCCACCGUCUGCCUGUACCUGCUGUCCAGAAAUCUGCCCCAUGCCUCGUACGGGCGGGAGCCAGUGAACGAGGAAGAGAGCCAGGAGCACAGAUCAUUAACGUUUCCAUCUGAUCUUGAAGAGUUACGAGCAAUAGCUGGAUUGCUACAUUCAUACAAAGCUCAGCACUCAAGCUAUGUACUGUUACUGUUCUGCAGUGCCUACCUCUACAAACAAACAUUUGCAAUCCCUGGCUCCUCCUUCCUGAAUAUAUUAGCAGGUGCGUUGUUUGGACCAUGGCUGGGCCUCGCAUUGUGUUGUAUUCUAACGGCUAUUGGAGCAACUUUCUGCUUCCUGCUGUCUAGGGUGUAUGGCAAACAAUUUGUGGUACGACGAUUUCCUGACAGACUCGCAGUGCUGCAGCACAAGGUGCAAGAGAAUAGGAACAGCCUGUUUUUCUUCCUGUUGUUUCUCAGGCUUUUCCCCAUGACUCCAAACUGGUUCCUCAACAUCACAUCUCCCAUCCUCAAUGUUCCUCUCACACACUUCUUCUUCUCCAUCGUUGUCGGUCUUCUUCCUUAUAACUUCAUCUGUGUACAGACAGGCUGCAUUCUGUCUGAGAUAUCCUCACUGGACAACCUGUUCUCAUGGUCCAUCGUCAUGAAACUGCUGGCCAUUGCCAUGGUGGCACUUAUGCCUGGUGCUAUAAUCAAACACUGCAGCCACCACCAGCUGACUGGAAAGGUCAAAAAUGGGCAUUUGGACAGCAGUCGAAAAACUCGGUGACUAGUGCUAAUCCUUCUGUGACUUGCAAUUGUACCCUGGUAUGAGUCUUAAUAUGAAGGAAUAAUCUUCCUUGAAUGUAGAGUUAUAUUUGUACUAUAGAAGCUGCUCAGAAGAACCUGAGCCAUACAAUUGUUCAAAAACUAAAUAUACACCUUUCUACAAGCCACCCAUUCAAGUUAAAUCCUUCAUACACUGGCAGAUGUCCACCAUAAAUCAGGUAGUUGAUUUCUACUAGCACAGAACACUGCACAAGUGAGGGGGUUCCUAAUUUCAUGUAAAUUAAAAUAAUCUGCUGAAAAAUGCAGAGAUAAGGUAGGUGUUUUUAUUUUAAAUCUCUUAAAUUCUCAGCGAGUCAGAAACAUGACAACAUUUUCUGAAAGUUUUGAAACUGUUUUAAGUUUAUUUGUUUUGGGUAAUAAAUCAAAUUAUCAAUUAGUGUGAAUUAGCCUGUUUAAUAAAAUGUCAGGAGAGGUGAUUUUUGCACAGUUUCACCCCAGACUAUGUGGAGUGGUGAAGAUGUAAUUUGCAGAAGAUGUUGCUUGUCCUUCUAAAUUAGGAACAGGACAUUAGGAUUACAGGAGGUAAAUGAUUCCCACUCCAAUGGUCAUUCUGUUCUACAGUUUUAUGAUUAGGUGAUUUCAAAAUCAGGUUUAUUAUCACCGGCAUGUGUCGUGAAAUUUGUUAACUUAGCAGCAGUUCAAUACAAACGUGAUAAUAUAGAAAGAAAAAUAAAGUGAAUCAAUUACAGUAAUUAUAUUUGUAUAUGUAUAUUGAAGCUUUAUUUCUUUAUACCUUUGACAUAAAGUAGCGCCACUGAGCUUUGAGGUCAUGUCAGGGAAUUGGUACUGCCGUAAAGGAACCUUGAAUAAAAAUGCAGAAAUUCUGCAGAUGUUGAAAUGUAAAGUCAUUUGGGGGGGAGGGGACUCGAAAGUUCACAUGCAAAUAAUAGGCUACUUUUCUUUUUUUUUGCACAACUUUCACAGAAAGGUUUGGAUUGUGAUUUCACAAUGCAAGCAGAAUUGGAGGUGAUGUAAACCCAAUGAGAAUUGUCCUUAUGUAAGUGAAUGAGAAUGGACUUUGAGGCUCUGGCUUCAAAUGUACCUGUGCCCAGACAGCUCUGACAAACAAGGGUAUUCUUGUCUGAUAAACUUAAAGAUAAAUAAGUGAAUACCUUGAAAUGUUUUAAAAUCUAGUGUCCAAUCCAGGGAGGAAUGAACUAUUCAGAUUUGCAGGAUUUAUGGGGAAAGAUGAGACAUUUGUCAGAAUGUUAGGAUUUGUAUUUGGAUCAAAUCUGCUUUGUCGCAGUGGCAGUGGAAAUGGGGAAGAUGUGUGCUGAGGUGGAAGAAUGGUAACUAGUUGAAAAGGUGUGUCUUAGUUGAUAGAUGAGGUGGUUGUUCCUCCAGUCUCAUUGGUCGUGGAUAGAGGUCAGACUGGGACCGAGAAUUGAAAUAUGUUGGAAGAGAAUUAAUUAGAGUCAUGAACAUGAGUGGAAACACCUGUGGAACAGUGAAGGUGGGGAAGGUAAUGAAGCUUAGAACAGUACAGACCCAGGGCAUUCCACGCACUCACCGUUUAUAUAUAAGAAAAAGUUACCUCUGACAUUCUCUCUGUACCUCCAAUCACCUUAUGCCCCCUUAUUAGCUAUUUUGGCUUUGGAAAAGUCUAUGGCUAUUCACUCAAUCUAUGCCUCUUGUUAUCUUGUAUAGCUCUAUCAAGUUACCUGUCAUCCUGCUUUGCUCCAGAAAGAGAAGUCCAAGCUUGCUCAACUUGUCCUCAAGGUCAUGCUGUCUUAUCCAGACAGCAUCCUAGUAAAUCUCCUCUGCGCCCUGUCCAAAGCUUCCACAUCUUUCCUCUAUUGAGGUGGCCAGAACUGAACAUAAUAUUCCAAGUUGUGGUCUAACCAUGGUUUUAUAGUAUUGCAACAUUACCUUGUGGCUUUUGAACUCAAUCCCCCCUGACUAAUGAAGGUUCACACGCCAUAUGUAAUGGUGAGUAUAGUGGGGAAAAAACGCUGGGAUAGAACAUAGAAGAGUAUGGUAUAGGAUAGGCCUUUUGGCUCUUUGUCUGCACCAAACAUGAUACAGUUUAACCUGCACAUAAUCCAUAUCCCUCCAUUCCCUAUGUACUCUUAAAUGCAUCUUAAACACUGCUACCAUAGCUGCUACAACUUCCCCUGGCAGUAUGUUUUAGAUUAUGAGAACACUCAGUCCUCUUAUUGUCAUUUAGAAAUGCAUACAUGCAUUAAGAAAUGAUACAAUGUUUCUCUGGAGUGAUAGCACAGAAAACAGGACAAACCAAAGACUAACACUGACAGAACCACAUAAUUAUAACAUAUAGUUACAGCAGUGCAAAACAAUACCAUAAUUUGAUGAAGAACAAAACAUGGGCACAGUAAAUAAAGUCUCAAAAGUCCCCGAGUCGAUCGACUCCCGAGUCCCUGAUAGCAGCAGCAAAAGGGAGAAACUCCCUGCCAUAAACCUCCAGGCACCGUCAACUUGCCAAUGCCUUGGAAGCAGCCAACCACAGCCGACACUGAGUCCGUCCAUCCGAAAACUUCGAGCUUCCGACCAGCCUCUCCGAUACAGCCUCCCGAGCGCCUUCGACCUCGCCCCGGCUGCUGAAACACGCAAAGCUGAGGAUUUCGGGGCCUUCUGCUCUGGAGAUUCUGGUUACCAUACAGUAGCAGCGGCAGCGAAGCGGGCAUUUCAGAAGUUUCCAGAUGUUCCUCUGUACUCUCACGUCCAUCUCUCCAUCAUAUCAGAAUUGUGCAUGGUCCCCUACUUCACAAAUAACAGACAUCAUCACCGAAGUGGCCGCACACGCUGCCGUCGCUCUGCCAUCUUCUCCAAAUUCACCAGCCUCUGUUAAAUUAAGAAAGAAUAAAACUUACUUUUAAUAUGCUUUAAACUUUUCCCCUCUCAUCUUAAAUCUACGCCAUCUAGUAUCUGACAUUUGCACCCUUGGGGAAAUGACUGACCAUCUACCCACUCUGUGCCUCUCAUAAUUUUGUAUAUUUCGAUCAGGUUACUCCUCAGCCUUUGAUGCUCCAGUUUGUCUAACCUAUCUUUCCAGCUAAUACUCUCCAGAUUGAGCAACAUCCUAGUGAACCUCUUCUGCAGCCUCCCCAUAGCAUCUAUAUACUUCCUGUAAUGUGACAACCAGAAUACUCCAAAGGUGGUCUAAAUAAAGUUUUAUACAGCUGCAAUGUGACUUUCUAGCUUUUGUGACUGAUAGCCCAACUGAUGCAAGCAAGCACGUAAUACAUGUUCAGGGAGCCUUAUGUUAAUAUUUGUUUAUUUCUGGUAUUUAUUUACACUUUAGAGAUACAGCACAAAAUAGGCCCUUUGAGCCGUACCGCCCAGCAUUCCCUGAUUUAACCUCAGCCAAAUCACAGGACAGUUUAUAAUUACCAAUUAACCUACUAACUGGUACAUCUUUGUAUUCUGGGAGGAUGCCAGAGCACCUGGAGAAAGCCUACACAUCCCCCCUGCCACUGAUAGCCUCCAAUGCUAGAGGACUUCAGCACUUUACAUAUUUAUAAGAGGAAUUGGACUUCUUUGUAUGGCAGGUCAACUGUCUAAUGCUGUUCAGUUUACUUUCCAGUUGAAUUCAACACUUUGUGUUAGGGUCUUCAGAAAUGAGUUGGACAAGUUCGGAUCACUGAACAAGUAUGCAGGCUCUCAACAUCCAUUGCUUUGCUUCCUGUUUAUUUCAGUAUUUUAACUGAAUUAAUUGGACAUUCUGAUUGCAUUUUUCCCCAGAAACCCUUUUGAUGUAGAAGAAGGUCAUUCAGAGUGUCUGAGCCCCCUCAUCGGGGGUCCCAUUCUCCUGUUAUCCAUUGCAAUGGACCGGCAGGGGAUCUUACUGUACAUUAGGAGGGCAUAGUGUUCGUAUUUCAUUUGUCCUGGUUGAUAGGAGAGGCCUGCUCCAUUAAAUAAAUAUAACUUUUAUACAAUCUUGGACCAUAAGGCACAGGAGUGGAAUUAGGCCAUUCAGCCCAUCUAGUCUUAGCCAUUCCAUCAUGGCUGAUUUAUUAUCCCACUCAAACCCAUCCUCCCCGUAACCUUUGGUACCAUUACUAAUCAAGAUCUCUGCCUUAAAUAUACCCAGUGACUUGUUUUCCAUAGCCAUCUGUGGCAGUGAAUUCCAUGGAAUUGCCAUCCUCUGGCUAAAGAAAUUCCGCUUCCUGUCUGUUCUAAAGGGACAUCCUUACAUUUUGAGUCUGUGCCCUUUCAUCCUAGACUCCUCCACUAUACGAAACAUCCUCUCCCUAUCCACUUUAUCUAGACCUUUCAAUAUUCAGUAUGUGAUCCCCCUUGUUCUUCAAAAUUUUCUGAGUACAGACCCAGAGAUAUCAAACGCUCCUCAUAUGUUAAGCCUUUCAUUCCUGGGAUCACGCUCGUGAACUUCCUCUCAGUCUGUGCCGCAUUUUAUAGUACCUUUACCAGUAAUCUUGCAUCUCCUGGAUGUUAUUGGAUCUUUAGUGCUUUAAAAUGCACCUUCCUUUGCAGUAGAUGAAUGGCCCCCAGUGCCAUAAAUCAAAUGGUUGUACUGUUGUGGAGGAUCAGAUCCUGCAAAGGGACUCAUGCCAGUCUCCUGACACAAUGGCAAAAGACUACCUGAGCCAACCAAUGACAAGCUCCAGUUUCAAGGGCAUAUGGCUUACUUUGCAGUCAGCUGGCUCCGUUUUUGAAAAUAAAGUUAGAAUUGCCUGUUAACUAUGGAAGUGCAGUGACCCUUUUUGUCCUCUGUUGAGUGGCAGUGCAUUGUAGAUUGCUUUCAGCUGUGCACAGAGUAUGUCAUCAUAGUGGUGUGGCACUGAUAUCGGAGAGCUGUAGCUAGAAUUUGUUCCCAUGAUUGCUCAUCUUUGUAUUCAACUACUAAGGUGCUUCAGAAACUUUAUUUAAUGUAGUGCCUUUCAUUCUUAAUGUAUUGUCUGCCAACAGAUUGGUUAGUGGCAAACGUUGUCCAGAGCCCCCGUGAAUUGUAUUACAAAUUUAUUCGAUGUGCUGCAUUUCAUGUGAAGGAUGACGCAAUGAAAUGUCAGUACUGCAUCAGAAUAAAAAUUACAAUCACUGCUUGAUGGUCUUGAAAUUUUAUGUUGAUAUUUUUUAAAGCUCAUAUUUCAAGCAUCUUGCUAAAGGUAUGAAUGGCUUAGUGGUUGGCAAUGCCAACUAUCCUCUAUUGGGAAUAUGUUUCUUGGCCCUGGUUUUGCCUUGGUCUUGUGUAAUUGACAUAUUGUUUAGUAUUUGAAGUUAAUUAUGGAGUGUGUAUAAAACAAAGGCACUGCUUCUGUAUGCUGAAAGUAAACUGUGGGUACUUCUCUACACGUACCUUAGAGAAGAUGAGCAAUCUUUGAAUCCUGAUGCAGUGUUCUAAUGUGACAAAAGUAAGUUGUUUGAAGGCUUAUCAUUUGCAGGUGAACUUUCUUGUAAUUACUGUCCAGUGGAAGACUGUGUGCUCUUCGGCAUGAAGUAAGACCAAUACAAGAGCAGCACUCUGUAAAGAUAGAGCACAGCCUGUUCCACAUAGCCGCCCUUGCCUGCAACACCACUGUCUUCACUUCAGCUUAGCACCUGUAAGACCUACAGUAUUCCAUAUGAAAGUGCUGUGGCAAUAAGUUCUUUAAUGCAUUAGCUUAUGUGGAAACAGUUAAAUGUUUGAAUGUGCAAGCACUCUGACUGCAGACUGGCUGGAUGCAAAUAUGGAAGGUUUAAGGGCAGUGUGGUGUGUACAAGGACAUGCCUAUACAUCUGUCUGGCACACAAAAUGGGGUCCUGCCAUCAACAAAUCCAGUAAAGCUACGAACUUCAGGUUGAGGCUGCAAUAUAACUCGUAUUUAUUGUGCCUGAGGGUGAGCAGUGGUGAUUUAAUACACUAUUAUUGAGGUGCGAGUGGAUUUUAAUAUAUUUUUAAAUGGAUUUCUCUCAGAUUUCUAAACGUUUUUGCUGUUGUAAAGAUUUUAUAAACCAAGCAAGUCAGCCUUCCUUUAUAUAUUGUGAAUGGUAUUUUCUAUGAAGAUUGUAGAUACAUCUCAGCAUCUCCAUAAGACUUUGACUUUACCAAAGGAGUGUUUACAUUGCAUGUUUUAUUUACAUCAAUUGCAUUUCAUUUUCUCCACUGUAAGUGGACUGGAUCUGUGAUUUAAAUAUCAUCUGACUUGUUUAAAAAAUGAGUCAUACUUUGAAAUAAUAAAAUAUUGAAAUAUUCA